AAAAAACUAUGGCUUCUUGUUUAUUACAAUUACUAUAUAUAAACGAGUAAGUUGCGCAUUGCUUAACCCUCGCGUUGUUCCCUCUCCGACCGGAAUAGCCUGUGAAUCUGUAAUAGAUAGGCAUUCGACUGUUACGACUUCUACAAAUUUGGCAUCGGCGUCUUUAUCUUUUGACGCAAAAUCAUCUGUGCAGAAGUUUACGAGCCAUUAUCUGUGUUAGAGGCAAUUAUCUGUGUUAGAGGCCAUUGAUUUCCAAUCAAUAUGGUGCACCCCUUAAUUUUUGAAGGCUUUCCCAAUCAGUAGCUUUUCUCCUCAGCUUUUUCACCCCAUUGAAGAUUUAGAAGGGUUUUGAGCAAUGUUUAUCGCGGCCGUCCUGGCGAAUCUGAUCGUGGCAGGUUUUGCUCUUCAGAAUUUGCGUGUGUUGGGACCAGGCCUCAAUCCCUUCGCCAUGCCCAAGUAGUUAUUUUCUAUAACCUGUUUGAAAGAAAUCAGAUAAUGUAAACACACACCCAUUCUGGCUUUGGUUUUCUACAUUUCAUUAAGUACCUGGGCAAGGGUUUCCUUCCAUCCGCGUUCUUUAUUGGAGGGCAACAUCGACAGACACUUUGCCUUGGAGGAGAUUAGGGUUUGAAGAAGUUAAAUUUUGAUCCUCUUUUUAAUUUGGGUUUUUCUGGUGAGAAAAUACCAUUUUGCUGAAUCGAAUUUGGGUUGGGAGUAUCAUGCCUCAAGAAAGGCAGUUUUCAUUUCGAAGGUUGACACGCAGGCGAUCGAUGCCCAAUCCGCAUGAAAUAGAUGACAGGGGUUGGGCUCCUCUUCAUAUUGGAGCUCGUAAAGGCGAUUUGAAAUUGGUGAGGCAUCUAUUGGAUGAAGGAGCAGAUGUAAAUGUAGUCUCAUUGGGCCCCAAAUCACCUGGGGCUACUCCUCUACACCUGGCAGCUAUCGGUGGGCAUUUGAAGGUGAUGGAUGAACUACUUGAACGAGGUGCUAACAUUGAUGCUCGUACAAAGGGUGGUUGUGGAUGGACUCCUCUGCACAAUGCAGCAAAAGAGAAGAAUAAGAAGGCUAUUGAAUUUUUGAUUGAGAAUGGGGCUUUUCUGCCUCCUGAUAUGAAUGACAGGAGAUUCAAUCCUGACCUGCAUUACUGUGCAGGACUUGAAUGGGCUUAUGAGAUCAAAUCGCAAAGGGAAUCCAGUACUUCUGCAAGUGAGGGAACUUGCAGCGAGGGAACUAUUUCAGGAGGCUAGUAACAAUCUAGAUAUCUCAUAUGGACUGCCCCAGAUUGUACUGUGAUCUGCGUGAUUUUCUUUCUUAAAAGGUUCAUGUUGUUGAAACUUCGGAACAUGUGGCACUGCAGUCUCAUAUCUACAUAUUAUACUUGCCAAGUACUAUGAAAGAGACAAAUCAGUAUUUUGUGUUGUAAUAAUUCUUGUUGAAGUUUGGAUUGUUUGAUGAAAACUGUGUGUUUUCUGGCAGACUAUUAAUGAUCUUAUCCUAAUAGACUAAUACUAUGGAGAGAUCCAGUCUUUGUUGUCUCUGUGACUAAUGAACGAAACAAUUACUUGUUGGUACUA